AUGGAUCUUAUGUUCAUUUUUGUGCUUGAUUCCCCUGUGUAUAUUGACCUUAUCCUUAGCAUCUCAGCUGAAAAACUUGAAGACAUACUUGUUCACUUGGAUCUUCAUAACUGUGUCAAGAAUUUGGUCAAUAAUUUUGCUCCAAAUCUUAAGUAUUUGAAAUUGUCAGGGGAUGAUGUAUGGAUUGGCCAAAGUUUGGGGAAAUCUACGUCUUUAGAAAAAGCCGAGUUUUUUCUGGAAUCUAAUCGCCGUUGCUUUAAAAUAUUGUCUGAGGUUCUCUGCAGUAUAAACAAGGUUGAAACUCUUGUUCUAAACAGAGAGACCACCAUGGUUAUAUUCUUUCCCAGCAUGGCAAUAGGGGUAAUUUAA